AUUUCUGUUCAUUAAAUAAAUAAAUAAAAUGGAUUUUGAAGAGGAACAUGUAGGAGGAGAUGAUAUUGAAGAAAUUCAAGAUGGAGAAGAUAUAUUUGGAGAGGAUGCUGAUAUUUCAGUGCAUGAUUCAGGAAGCAAAAAAGAUGCAGUCAUAUUCUUAGUGGAUUGCAAGAAAUCUUUAUUUGAUAUGGAUUUAGAUGGAUAAGGAACAGUUUUUUCAAAAAUAUUAUCUGCUUUUUCUAGUUUUAUGAAAGCAAAAAUAAUAUCAAGUCCAGAUGAUAGAAUAGGGAUGAUAUUUUAUAACACUGUAAUUUAUAUUUAUAUAUAUAGAAAUCAACAAAUAAUCAAUUAAAAUUUAAUAACAUCACAGAAAUAUAUAAAUUAGAUGGACCAUCUGCUGAUAUAAUAAAGAAUUGUUUAAAAAUAGAACAAAAUUUUGAAAAAGAUUAUUAAUUAGGAAAUAAUGCUCAUUUUCAUGAAUGUUUAUGGUUAUGUAAUCAUGAAUUCAAAGAAUUGUAAAUUAAUUAAAAAUAUUUAAUAGAGAUAAAAAUAAAUUCAAUAUGCGUAUAUUUUUAUUCACUCCAGAUGAUUUACCUUAUUUUAAAGAUUAAAAUUCAAGAGCAUCAGCAUUAAAAUAUGCAAAAUAAUUAAAAGAUGCAGAUGUUUAGAUUGAAUUAUUUCCAUUACCUAGUUAGAAUGAAUUUAAGAUAGCAAGAUUUUAUGGAGAAAUAAUAACAGUUGAUUUGGAUGAAGUUAAUAAUGCAGUACUUGAUACAUCAACUAAAAUAAUGGAUUUACAUUAAAGAAUUAAAUAAAAAGAAUUUAAAAAGAGAGCUUUAAAUAGAUUAAUUAUGGAUAUAGAUGAUAUAAAAAUUGGACUUAAAAUAUAUUGUUUGGUAAAUAAAGCUAAAAAACCAUAUGGUAAACCAUUAGAUAGGAGAUACAAUUAAUAACUAAAAAAGAAAGCUUAAUUUAUUGAUGAAGAAACUGGUUAAGCACUGUUUCCUUAAUAAAUAUCAACUCAUUUGAUAUUAGGAAAUGAGAAAAUAGCAAUCCCAAAAGAAUAUAUGGCUAAAAUAAAAGGAUUUGAAAAACCUGGAAUGACAUUAAUUGGUUUUAAAUCUUCAAGUGCAUUAAAAGAUUAUCAUAAUUAUAGAGCUUCAUAUUUUUUAUAUCCAGAUGAUGAACAUGUAAAUGGAUCUUCAUAAUUUUUUGAUGCUUUAAUAUAAUAAAUGAUAUUAAAAGAGAAAAUUGGAAUAGUAAGAUUAGUUCCAAAAUAAGGAUCAUAAGUCAGAUUUUGUGCAUUGUUACCAUAAGCUGAAUAAUAUGAUGAAAAUCAUUUUUAGACUCCUCCAGGAUUGCAUUUAAUAUUUUUACCAUAUGCUGAUGAUAUAAGAGGAUUAUCUUCAGUAAAAUAAGAAGGAGCAGAAAUUACAAGGUAAACUUUAAAUGCAGCUAAGAUUUUAGUAAAUGCAUUAACAAUAUAAGAUUUUGAUUGUUCAAAUUUUGAAGAUCCUUCAAUAUAAAAGUAAAAAUAUAUAUAUAAUUUAAUUAGAUUUUAUACAUAUUUAUAAGGAUUAGCAUUAUAAGAAUAGAAUAUUGAAGAACCAGAAGAUUUACUGUAACCAGAUUUUAAAGGAAUGGAAAAAUAUAGAGAUAUUGUUAAUUUAUUUAUGAGUAAUGUAACUUUGGAAUGUUCUAAUAUGGCUUCAAGAUCUAAAGGAUAAGCAGGUGGAAGAGGUAGAGGUAGAGGAAGAGGAAAAGCUAAAUAAGAAGAAAGUGAUAAUAGUGAUGAUUGUUCUAAAGUUAAAGGAAAAAAUAAAGGAUCUUCUUAAAAAUAAAAAAUUGAAGAAGAAGACAGUUUGGAAGGAGAAGAAAUCUAUUAACCUAUAAAAAAGAGAGGAAGAGGACGUUGAUUUUGAAUUUUAUGACUCA